GUUUCACUCGACUACUAGCAGCAACAACAUGACUGGUCGCGGCAAAGGAGGAAAAGGUCUGGGAAAAGGAGGCGCCAAGCGGCACAGGAAGGUGUUGAGAGACAACAUCCAAGGUAUCACCAAGCCGGCCAUUCGUCGUCUGGCUCGCCGAGGCGGAGUGAAGCGUAUCUCGGGUCUCAUCUACGAAGAGACACGCGGUGUGCUGAAGGUAUUCCUGGAGAACGUGAUUCGUGACGCUGUCACCUACACAGAGCACGCCAAACGCAAGACUGUCACCGCUAUGGAUGUAGUCUACGCGUUGAAACGUCAGGGACGUACACUGUACGGAUUCGGAGGUUAAGCCAGCCAGCCAGCACAGCACACUAUUGGACUGCUGCCGCGCACGCGUCUUCACCAUUCACGCUCCACUCU